UAUUUAUUUAUGAAAGCGCUAAUGUAACGUUGCGCUCUUUUGAACAACACAUUUUCCCGUUUCUGUUUUAUGACGUUACGCCUUUGACGUGCGCUUCGUCGUCUAGACUUUAUUUUGAUAACAUACGGAUGCACAUUAUUUUAUUAGACAGAUCAAAGUUGAGAAUCGAUUGUUAGCGACCAUAUGAUUUUUAUAAAAGAAUAAAAGAUAGAUACAUGGUUAACUCGCAUACUCAUCUCUUCGCCCUAAGUUAAACUUUAUGUGAUUCGUACAAUUCUCAACUCUGGAGAGGAGGAAAUUCUAAAAUUGUGCCGAAUUUUGACUAUUUGUUAAAAAGAAAAUGGCUACCGAUAGACGGAAAGAAGACUGUCUGGACUUCAGUGAUGUAAAACGGACUCGUAGUACGAAUUUAGCGCAGCUUACUAAAUUGUACAAAGAAUUGGAGAAGAAUUUAAUUUCAUAUGAGAACGUGGAACAUGCAAAACAAUUAUAUUCAAAGUUAUGUGAAAGGUUUGAACAAUUUAAGUUAGCACACUUACAGUGUUUAGAUUUGUGUACACAAUCAGAAGUUAUAGAAAAUUUGGAAGUGAACUAUGAACGUUGUCAUGAGAACUUUGUAGAAUUCCGGGAUAGAUUUUCUCAGUAUAUCGCGAGUGAAAAAUCGCAUGAAGAGGAAAUACCCGAAGAAAGUGAUACAGUUUCAAUUGAUAGCAGUUUGAGUUCACGAUCUUCAGUUUCAUCACAAUCUAGAUUUCGCAGUGCCAAAGCUAAGCGGCUAAUCGCAGAACUUAAACUCAGGAAAUUAUCAGAACAGCAUGAACUAGAGCGUGCACAAAUAGAAAUUAAAUUUAGACAACAGGUAUUUAAUCAACUAUCCGAGAUGGAAGAGGCCAAUAUCGAAGAAUCAGUGUGGCAAGAAGCAGUGGAAGAAGACACAGAUAAUACCAGUGGAAUCGUGAACAUUCGGAACAUUUCGCAAACAGUCUCGCAAACAUUACAGAGCUCUGUUCCUGCGAGUGAAAAGUGUAUUAAUAUGAACUCUCUUUCCGGACAAACUGCAGCAACUGAUAAACCAAAGAUGAACAUUAAUAACAGUACACAGGGAAUCAGUGCUCAGUCUGGAUUUUCGGAUGUAAGUGUUUCCAGCAUAGAUUCAGCUUUUCAACGCCUAGCAUCUACACUUCACGAAGGGUUUAAUUUGCCAAAACCAGAAUUAUUAACUUUUAAUGGAACUCCGUUAGACUAUAGUAAGUUUAUAAGGAACUUUGAGACAAACAUUGAAGGUAGAAUAAGUGAUAAUAGUUUGAGACUGAGUUAUUUAAUUCAGUACUGUAGAGGUGAAGCCAAGUGUUGUAUAGAAGAUUGUGUAUUAUUAGAUUCUGAUGAGGGUUACAAACGUGCUAGGGCAAUAUUGUACUCCCGAUACGGUAGGCCACAUGUAAUUGCUAGAUCAUUUAUUGAAAAAUUAGUGUACGGCGCUCAGAUUAAAGCGUCAGAUAUUGAAGGUUUAUCUAAAUUGGCAUUAGAAAUGCAAAAAUGUGAAAUCACAUUGUCUGAGUUAGGUUUUAAUUCAGAUAUUGAUAAUUCUGAAAAUUUAAGGUGUAUUGUUAAACGCUUUCCAAUGCAUAUGAGAACAAGAUGGGUCGACAUUGCUCAUUCAAUUAGUGAGUCUGGUAGAGAACCCCGUUUUUCUGACUUAGCUAAAUUUGUAGACGAAAAAUCACGCAUUGCUAGUUCUAUGUAUGGUUACGAUCUUUGUAGAGAAAACAAUCAGAACAAGACUGAUAAUAGGGUUUUUACAAGUAAACAUCAUAAUAAUGAUACAGUUAAUAGUAAGAUUACUACGUUAAGUACUCAAAGUUUAGAUAACACAGCUAAUUAUGAGCAAACAUGUAAAUGUUGUACAGGUACAUGUGUAGAUUUGACAUCUUGUAGCAAAUUCAAGUCAAUGAGUUUAGAUGAUAGGUAUAAAUUAGUACGCAUGUUAAAAUUGUGUUAUAAUUGUUUAAAAGGGAAGCAUUUUGCUAACAAUUGUAGAAAAUCAAAAGCAUGCACUGUAUCUGACUGUAAUGUUAAGCAUAAUAUUUUAUUGCAUGGUUGGUCUCAGCCCGGUUUUGAUCAUGCAGCUACUCAGCCGUCAGUAAAUUGCGCAGCUACUAAAGGUUCGAUGAUUAAGAACUGUUUAGGAAUUGUUCCUGUCCUCGUUAAGGGUCAGAACGGCAACUCUUGCAAAACAUUUGCCUUGCUAGAUGACGGAGCAGAUAAAACUUUAUGUGAUGAACGAUUACUUCAGAAAUUAAAUAUAGUUAGCAAGCCGGUCACUUUCGAGAUGUCUACUGUUAACUCUUCUGGUUGUACAAUUCACGGUCAAGAAGUUGACUUACAAGUAAAAGCUAUUGACGGAAAUGAUAAGGUGUCGUUAAAAAAGGUGUGGUCAGUAAAGAAGCUUCCAAUUUCAGCUCGAUCUGCCGCAGAAAAUGUAGAUAUAAGAAAAUUGUCGUAUUUAGCCGAUAUACAGAUACCCUCUUCUGAUUUAACCGAGGUCAUGUUGUUAAUAGGUACAGAUUCACCUAACGCUCACAUUCCGCUAGAAGUAAGGUCCGGUAACGAAAACCAACCAUAUGCAAUUCGCUCACGCCUCGGAUGGGCUAUUCGUGGUCCUAUUGAAGAUAUGCGUGCGUCAAAUGUUAUAAAUGAUGAUAGAGCACGAGAAGACAAGAAUUGUUUUUCUACAGAUGAUACAGAGGCUAUGAAAAUGACGGAGUCAGUCUUGUAUCACCCAGCAAGACGGAUGCCAAGCCCAACACAUCGUUCAUCCAAGUCCAUGUCCAACAGAAGGAACAGGAGCAGGUCAGCAUUCGCCUCCCCGGGAAAGGCAGCAAAACGUGCUCGUUCCAAGAACCCAAGAAGGGGAAAGAAAAGGGCAAGGUCUCCAUCCAAAAAAGCAAGAAAGGAGGAAACAAAAGGAGGUCCAGGGGAAAAAAAGCCGCAGCAAAGAAGCAAAUGGCUGAGGGAACAACAAGAUGUUGAAAUAGACGAUAUUGUUUUAGUUGCUGAUGAUAUACAGAGAGGAUAACGGGUAGAAUAGUCGAGAUCACAAGGAGCCGUCAUGGUCAUAUCCGUAGCUGUGUGGUCAAAACUAGUCAGUCACAAAUUUUAAGACCUAUAAAUAAACUAUGCGUACUCGAGUGUUCUAAAUAGAACUAUUUUUUAUUGGUGACAAAAUUGUAUUAUAUUUUUCUAACUGUAUUAAGAAAUUAUUUGGUAAUUUCAUUGUGGGGAGUGUAAGAUUUGAAAUAUUCAAAUUUUAAAUAUAAGUUUAUUAUUUAUUAAAUGUUUAACUAACAUAUUCAUUUAUUCUUGUAAGAAUAAGAAACACAGUUUUACUAUUUAUUUAUGAAAGCGCUAAUGUAACGUUGCGCUCUUUUGAACAACACAUUUUCCCGUUUCUGUUUUAUGACGUUACGCCUUUGACGUGCGCUUCGUCGUCUAGACUUUAUUUUGAUAACAUACGGAUGCACAUUAUUUUAUUAGACAGAUCAAAGUUGGUAAGAAACUUUUUAUGUAUACUAUCUUUUUAUUAUAUCAAAACUUAUUUAAAGAGAGAAAACAUUGUGUACUAUUUAUUAGAAAUAUGCGUAACUUUUAAUUAUUAUUUUAAACGUAAUAACUUACGAGAGAAAUUAUGAUACAUGAAUGAAAUGGUUUUAUUGUUUGUUUAGUUUAAUAUGAAUACUUAAACAUGUACAUCUUAUUAUAAUUUAUGUAUUUUAUUUAUGUGAAAUUAUUCUUUACUUGUAGAGAAUC